AUGAGCGCUCAUUCAUGUAACUGGAUCUGUUACACCACUCCAGCGCGCGCCGCGGUGAGCUCCUCCACACCACGGCGCACUCCGGUUACCGCGCACCAUCUGACGCAUUUUGCUUCUGGGACCAGAGCGACGCAGGACACUCAGGAGGACCGACCGUUUGGGAACCAUCGGGACGAGCGUUUGGUGUGCGUGUUAAGUGUCCUGAUUGGUCCCAGUUUCCAGUGA